AUGGACACUGCUUACGAUAGUGAAUCAGGUUUUUCCGAAAAUGAAGUUCAUGGAGCACGAAUAGCAUUUUUUCGUGAUUGCCCAAAUGGAAGCUGUUCGAAACAAAAAUUUCUUACUUUUAUACGUAAAUCAUGUGUACAAAAAAAACGCAGCCCAUCGAAUAUUCGUAUUAUAAAUUUUUUAAAAGAUUAUCGCCACUGUAAAAAAUUCUUUUCUAUGAUGUUUGAUGUCUACGAUCGGAAUCAUGAUGGGCAGUUAGAUUUUGAUGAAUAUAUUUAUGCAUUAUCAGCAAUAACAGGUGCCAAUCGUUUACGUACAAUUGAAACAUUAUUUAAAUUUUUCGAUAUUGAAAAUCAAGGUUUUAUAACUCGAAAAGAAUUUGAUUCGAGAAAAAAAUUAGCAGCACAAUUUCUUGGCCAAUAUAAACCUGGCAUCACGGAUAAUUUAUAUGAAAAAGCAUUUAGUACCAUGGAUACAAAUAAAGAUGGAUUUAUAUCAAAAGAAGAAUUCAUUCAAUGGCAUUUACAAGACCAUUCAAUGUCACAGGGUGAUAAAUCUAUAAAAAAGAGACCGCGUUUAUUAAGAAUUUCAACGACACCCUUAAAUAUCAAUGGUCAAAUAAAAACAUCAUCGUUACAGGGCAAAGAUAAACAUUCCAUUGAUCUGUGGUUAGAAGCGACAGCAGAUACUACUAAUCAUGCACAAGAAUUGUCCUCGACAAACAAUAUUGAUCGACAUUUAUUGGAAAUAUUUUAUCGAGCUCGUCGUCGUUUUCAACAAGCAAGAAUCCGAAUGAAUGAUAAUCAAUCAGAUUCCGGUGUUUUUACUCAUUCAUCAUCAGCAACAACUUUAACUGACAGUGAAUUUGAUGCAAACAGUUUCUUUGACAUAAAUAAUCAAGAUGAUUGCCAAUCGAACUUAAAUGAUGAUACUGAUGAGGAAUUUCUAUGUCAAUCAUUAGAAAAUGCUUUGAUGGAAACAUUACUUGAAUUGAGACAAAAGAGAUCAAACAAUGAUACAUCGAUUGAAAACAAUGGAAAAAUUGAAUUAACUCGAUUCUAA